GGCAACUGGUAGUUCCAACAGUGUUUUCAUUUGAGUAACUUACAUUUGCUCUCAUCAAUUCAUCAUGACUGGCCGCGGUAAGGGAGGUAAAGGAUUGGGAAAAGGAGGCGCCAAGCGUCAUCGUAAAGUUCUUCGUGAUAAUAUCCAAGGUAUCACCAAGCCAGCGAUCCGUCGGUUAGCUCGUCGUGGUGGAGUCAAGCGUAUUUCCGGAUUGAUCUACGAAGAGACUCGUGGUGUUCUCAAAGUUUUCCUUGAGAACGUCAUCCGUGACGCAGUUACCUAUACUGAACACGCCAAAAGGAAGACGGUCACUGCUAUGGAUGUUGUCUACGCAUUGAAACGUCAAGGACGCACGCUCUACGGUUUCGGAGGUUAAAUUCAUAUUCACUUCAAAAAAUAAACAAA